GUCUCGUGAAGAAUCUGCGACUGGGAAUGAACAGGCCGGGCGUCGUGAGAGGGACUUGGAGCUCCGCCUCGGGAAGGGACUUCGGGACAGGCUCCCCUUGCGCUACCGGGGUAAAUCGGGGGCCCGGCGGAGAAGGAGGUGUGGACGCGUAGCUGCGCCGCGAAACAUGCUUAUAUCCUGCGCUUUCAGUCUUUCGCCAAGCGCAGCCCCCUCUCCCGCUUCCGUCCUCCCUGGAAGACCCCCUUGCGCCCCCCGUCAGUCAUCUCCCCGCUUCUCUAGGGAGGAACUUGUAGUCCACCACAGGGCGGGAAUAAGGUUUGAUGAGGCCCUAAGCUACUGAAGGUGAGUAGAGAGAAGAAAGAUCAACCCAUCAUGGCUGUUCCCAUAGCCAUUCUUGAUUGUGAUCUCUUGCUAUAUGGUCGUGGCCAUCGAACACUUGAUCGUUUCAAACUGGAGGAUGUGACUGAUGAAUAUCUGGUGUCUAUGUAUGGCUUCCCACGUCACUUCAUUUACUAUCUGGUGGAUCUUCUGGGUGCCAGCCUUUCUCGUCCUACACAACGAUCAAGGGCCAUUAGCCCUGAGACGCAAAUUCUUGCUGCAUUAGGUUUUUACACUUCGGGUUCUUUCCAGACUCGCAUGGGAGAUGCCAUUGGCAUCAGCCAGGCCUCUAUGAGCCGUUGUGUUGCCAAUGUUACUGAGGCCCUGGUGGAGAGGGCAUCUCAGUUCAUUCAUUUCCCAGAUGAUGAAGUGUCGGUGCAGCAUCUGAAAGAUGACUUUUAUGGGCUGGCAGGUAUGCCAGGGGUACUAGGACUAGUUGAUUGCAACCAUGUUGCAAUAAAGGCACCCAGUGCUGAGGACUUGUCAUAUGUGAAUAGAAAGGGCCUUCAUUCUUUAAACUGCCUGAUGGUUUGUGACGCCAGGGGAAUGCUACUGAGUGCGGAAACACACUGGCCAGGCAGCUUGCAGGACUGUGCUGUGCUGCAGCAGUCAGCCCUCAGGAACCAGUUUGAAGCUGGCAUGCACAAAGAUGGCUGGCUACUUGGUGAUAGUUCAUUCUUUCUUCGCACUUGGCUAAUGACCCCUCUGCAUAUUCCUGAAACGCCUGCAGAGUGCCGGUAUAACAUGGCACAUUCAGCCACUCACAAUGUCAUUGAACGUACAUUCAGGACAAUUCGGUCCCACUUCCGUUGUCUGGAUGGGUCAAAGGGCACGUUGCAGUAUUCUCCCGAGAAGGCCAGCCACAUCAUUCUGGCUUGCUGCGUGCUUCAUAACAUUUCUCUAGAGCAUGGACUGGAUGUGUGGUCUUCCCAAACGAUGGGACAGAUGGAACAGCCAGAGGAAGAAUAUGAACAUAUGGAAUCACUUGACUCUGAAGCUGAUCGAGUUCGUCAGGAAUUAUUACUCACUCAUUUUAGCUAACAUUACAAGACAUACUAAGUUGGACAUAUUAAAAGACAUGCAAACAGUUAUGAUAGAUCCUGAUUUUCCUCUUACAUUCAGCAAGAGAAAUAAAUGGGGAUGCAACUAUUGAAAUUGAAAUUUUGUGUUUGUAUAAUAUUUUGCAUUUUAUAUUUUGGUUUCAUUGUGCACAUUGCAUCUGAUUCCGUCAGUACUCAGUAUUUCAGUACCUGCUACUUUUUAGUGUCCAGCCUUAUUGGAGGACCAUUUAUCAAGGACAAUAUGAUAUGGGAGGAAUGCAUAGUCAGUUUAAUAUUCUAUUUUUAAGUAUUUAAAAAUAAUAAAAUGUAUUUUGUGUAUGGUG